AUGGAACCUAUCGCACCCAUAACCUCGGAAUGCGCAAUUUAUCAGCAAUUGAGCAUCACGUGGACUUGACCGAAGGCUUGGGGGUUGUUCCUGAGAUGCUCAGGGUUAGGGCAUGGGGCAGGAGUGUUGAACCGAGAGACGUAUCUACGCUGCAUAAGCCAAAAAGGAUUAUUAAAGGGUUGUUUUAUUAAUUGUUUUAUUGCUAAAGAAGAGGAAAAACCAGAAGGCACCCUGGAGAGCUCCUAAACCAUGGCUGAAGGGUCCUGCGCGAAGACCGAAGACGAAGAGACGCAGAACCCGAACUCAGUCUCGGCCUCGGAGUCGUUCAGCGGCAGCGGCGUGUGCAAGUGGUUCAACGUGCGCAUGGGCUUCGGCUUCCUCUCCAUGACGAGCAGAGACGGAACUCCCCUCGAGCCCCCGGUCGACGUCUUCGUCCAUCAGAGCAAGCUUUACAUGGACGGUUUCCGCAGUCUGAAAGAGGGAGAGCCGGUCGAGUUCAGCUUUAAGAAGUCAUCGAAAGGCCUGGAGUCUCUGCGGGUAACGGGUCCUGGAGGGGCGCCGUGUGCAGGCAGUGAGAAGAGACCUAAGGGUGCCCAGAAACGGAGAUCUAAAGGGGAUCGGUGUUAUAACUGCGGCGGCCCGGACCAUCAUGCCAAAGAAUGCCAGCUUCCUCCUCAACCCAAGAAGUGCCACUUUUGCCAAAGCAUGUCUCACAUGGUAGCUAACUGUCCAAUCAAAGCACAGCAGCAGGCGACACCAGGAUCUCAGGAGGAGGAGAAGAAGAAAUCCUGAGCCACACAGCCUCAGCGCCCGAACCCUCCGACUGAACGCAGGAUACGGAGCGAUACAGGAUCACAGUCAGGGAUUACACAAGCACCGAUCAUGCUGCUCUCGGAAAAAAUAUCUCAGGUUUUGACUUUUCUAACAGCUCUAAUGAAUGUCAUGACGUUGUAGUACAAAUCAGUCGUUUUACAGGAGGGAGAGAUUUUUCUUUUAAAGAUAUUUCAUUAUGUUGGG